AUGGAGCCAAUGGAGCUCAAUGGUUAUGCGAAUGGAACCCAAAAAACCAGUAUCUAUUGGUUCUAUUCAGAGCUCUAUUGGCUCUAUUCUCAGCUCCAUUGGGCUCUAUUGAACUCUAUUGCCAACUCUGGACUCGA